UAAAAUGUUCCAAACGACGAUCAGACACCGAUUAUUCGAGAUUCGAGACAGAAAGAGCGGAACAUGGCGACGUGGUGUGGCGCAAGUUGUUUUUGAUUUCAUCGUGUUUACAAAGGAUCGGAGUUCGUACGAGCAAAGCUCCAACUUUACCGUGCUGAGUAAUUGAGGCAACACCCGGCAACACGUGACAACGUCAGAAAUAUGAAUUACAAUCACUCGAACGCACGCCGAGGAAAACCAAAGAGGUUGUUGGAUCCUUCGACUGGUUUAUCUGCACCAACUCCUCCAAUGGCACAGAAUCCGUAUAUGUAUAAUCAACAGGUGCCUGUGAAUAAUGGUGCGAUGCCAGAAUAUGGCUUCAACGUUUCUGGACAGGGACCACCUUCGUAUGGAUUCAAUCCACAGAUGUCAAAUUAUCCAUCCAGCGAUAAUCAAGGAGCGGAGUUUGCGAGUCCACAAUUUGCGACGCAAUUCUUGGCUCAGCCAGUUGUUACAGACAUGGCUAUGCAGUAUGGAAAUGCAUUGGUUGGUACUGGAAAACAGCAUCUCGAAAAAUAUGUGCCAAUUACAGCAUUAAAAUAUUACUUUGCGGUGAACACCGAUUACGUCUUUGCGAAAUUAAUGCUGCUGUUCUUCCCAUUUACGCAUAAGGACUGGUCUGUAAAAUACGAACAAGAUGUACCAUUGCAACCACGAUACGAAACUAACGCACCAGAUAUGUAUAUUCCUACAAUGGCGUUUUUCACAUAUGUCGCUAGCGCAGGAUUAGUGUUAGGCGUGCAGGGACGUUUCACUCACGAACAAUUAGGUAUACUAGCCAGCUCCGCGCUUGCUUGGGGCUUGAUCGAAUUGCUCGUUCAUAUGGUGAGUUUGUACGUGAUGAAUCUCCAAACGAGUCUGGCGACGUUAGACUUGUUGGCAUAUUGCGGUUACAAAUACGUCGGAAUCAAUGCGGCACUGUUGAUAUCGUUGCUAUUUCGGAAGUUUGGCUACUACGUGAUGCUAUUAUACUUCAGUGCUUCUCUAGCUGUCUUUCUGAUGCGAUCGUUAAAAUUAAGAGUCAUUCCACAAGGCCAUUCGUACACAGCCUCUGGUAAUAAAAGGCGGCUUUACUUUAUAUUGUCUUUGGCUGGUAUGCAGCCUGUUCUAAUGUGGUGGUUGUCGUACCAUCUGAUUUAAAGAGAAAAAAAAAUGCAAUAAGCUUAUAAAAACAGCGAAAAGGAAGCGAGAGAUGAAAGGGAAAAGUGUAUAUUUAUUAUUUGGUUACUAAUAUCACAUGUACAUUUUUUGUAAUAAAAAAUCCAACACGAUUAUAUUAUCACUUAGCUA